CUUCUUCUCCCUCCAAGAAAAACCCUAGGCGACCUCUCUGAACAGUCCACCGGCCGUAGGGUUUUCGCAGGAUCCAGAGGGUUUCAGAAGGACCUUAUCCAGCCGCCAUGGCCCCUCCUAAAGGUGACAAUGUGAAGAAGUCCGAUCCGAAGGCUCAGGCCUUGAAGGCUGCAAAGGCAGUCAAGUCGGGACCAACCUUUAAGAAGAAGGCAAAGAAGAUCCGGACUUCAGUUACCUUUCACAGGCCAAGGACCCUGAAGAAGGACAGAAACCCCAAGUAUCCUCGCAUCAGCGCUCCACCAAGGAACAAGCUUGACCAUUAUCAGAUCCUCAAGUAUCCCCUCACUACGGAGUCUGCGAUGAAGAAGAUUGAGGAUAACAAUACUUUGGUAUUCAUUGUAGACAUCCGAGCUGAUAAGAAGAAGAUCAAGGAUGCAGUCAAGAAAAUGUAUGAUAUUCAGGCCAAGAAAGUCAACACCUUGAUCAGGCCUGAUGGUACGAAGAAGGCAUAUGUUAGGCUUACUCCGGACUUUGAUGCUCUGGAUGUGGCAAACAAAAUCGGCAUUAUCUAAGUUGGAAUUGUUUUUUCAGUCUGAUCACCAUUCUUCUCUUAGUGUUAAGACAAUUUUGUUGAGGAGUUGAGAAUGGACUCAUUUGUAAUUUGAUGCUACUGUCAGUUAAAAUAUUUUUGGCGCUCUGAAAAUUCAGAUUUGAAGUGGAGUGAUUAGAUUUGCAUUGAGCAAAUCAGUCGUAAGUGCA